AUGAAGUUCGGAAAGCAGAUUCAGUUUCAACAGAUUCCAGAAUGGCAGAGCCAUUACAUGAGCUACAAAGGUCUCAAGAAGAUCAUCAACUCGCUCAUACAGGAAAAAGCACAAAUAUCCGUCACCAUCGCUGCGUCUCCUCCUCCGCUUGGAUCAGAGCCCGAACCCGAGUCCCAGGCCGAGGCGGCGGCUUCGUUGUUACUAGAGGAUGAGAACUCCACGUUUUUGCAGUCCCAGAAGGCUGCCUUUUUCUUUAAACUCGAGCGUGAACUGGAGAAGGUCAACUCGUUCUAUUUGCAAAAGGAAUCGGAACUGAAGGUUCGGCUACGAUCCCUGAUCGACAAGGAGAAAGUCAUCCUGUCGCGUCAGGGGAGACCAGGAACCAGUUCUUCGAUCAAUUCUCUCAAGGAGGCGUUCAAACAGUUCGAGCAGGACCUUAACAAACUGCAGAAAUUUGUCGAGACCAAUGGUACCGGGUUCCGAAAGAUCUUGAAGAAGUGGGACAAGCGGUCAAAGUCGACCACCAAGGAACUCUACCUCGCCCGCCAGGUCGAUCUCCAGCCAUGCUUUAAUCAGGACGCCAUGGUCGAGCUAGCCGACAGUGCCGCACAUCAUCUCCUCGGCCUGGAAGAUAUCCAGCAAGGUCGCCCUUCAUCGGCACCCUCAAGUCCUGUCACCAGCAAAUCUGCACCUGCCCAUUCAUACGCCCCCUCCUCCCCCAUGCAGCAACAAAUGGAUGAGCUGGAAACUGACCUCUUCAACGCCUUGACAGCCAAUCAAGUGUCUGUCGUCCAAGAGAUCCUGGAACGUCGUCUCGCCACACCAUCGGGCACAAAAAACAGUUCCCUAGGAGUAGAGUCUUCCCAGCAACGACUCCACUCGAAUCUUGUUGGACCUGAACAUGCCCGCGAAGUUGUCUCGCGCUUGUUUUGGAGGUGCUGUUCUGAGACCAAUGUGUCGGACGCUGUGAUCCAGCAGCUGGUCGACACGGGGCUGGUCAACUUUAAGUUUGUGGACGAUAUCAGUGACCGGACGUGUCUGCACGAGGCUGCUAUGGUUGGGCGUCUGUCUCUUCUCAAGUUAGCAGUUGAGCGGGGGGCUGCAGUUGAGGGCUCGGAUGUCUACGGGAGACGACCACUUCACUAUGUCUCGAUGUACGGCUACGACGACUGCGCGACCUACCUCCUUUCCUUAGACGCGUCCCUGACGGUGACAGAUCAUGAUGGAUUCCAGCCUCUGAUCUACUCGGUCAUGAACGGUCACUCCAAGUGUGUCGAGAUAUUCCUUGCCAGUAAUGUCGAGAUUGAGGCCAGCCGAGAGGGUGAUCCCAUCCCAUUGGGUCUUGCCUGUCAUUAUGGUCACGAGGAUAUCGCCAUGAUGCUAAUCGGUCGCGGUGCUAAUGUUCUUGCCAGCAAUGCGGAUGGUCUCGAGCCCCUUCAUAUCACUUGCCGUGAGGGUCACACCAGGCUGGCCAAGACGUUGACGACACGAGGAGCCCGUCUCGAUCAAGAGGACAAGUACAUGUGCUGGACGCCUCUUUUCUAUGCUGCCAGUGAGGGUCAUGUCGAGUGUGUCAAGAUUCUUCUGGAGGCCGGCUGCAAGGUGAAUGUGAUCGAUGAACACAGCAAGAACCCGAUCUAUUAUGCUGCCAGUGAGGGUCAUUCCGAUUGCGUCGAGUUGUUGGUUGAGGCUGGAGGCAAGGCAAUCGCAUCCCCACAGGACACUGUUAUGGGGACUUCGGCUGCAGUCACGGCGGGCAGCAUAUUGGGUUCGUCUAUCACCUCAGCCUUGGACUCUCACCACCCUGUGCACCCGGACGAGCUGGACAGUCCCACCAACAUGGACGACCUCGAUAUGGAGCUGAUUCCUUCGCUCUCGCUCCCUCCACCCAUCAUCCCCUUCAGGAUCUAUGGACACAAUUAUCUGGACAAGAAAUUCCAGGUCAACCUGACGCUGGGUCACACUUCCUCGCCUGACCAGAUCGGAGCCCGGCCAUCACCUGUUCACCUGUACGGCACGGCUCAGAUCUCGUCCUUGAAACUCGUCAUCUCGUCACGACCCGACAAGGGCAUGAUCCCGCACAAUGUGAUUCUGCCCCUGGGCGAGAGCAGGAAGGUCUACGGCUUUCAAGUGGACUCUUUGGAUCAGUUCACAGUCGAGUUUGACAUCUUUCCUACCUACGGAAGCAAGGCUAUCGGACGAGCUGUGGCAUUGCCCAUCACGUUCCUGUCGCCUUCCUUGUCCGUGGGCAAGGGUCUUCUCCCGCUCUUUGAUGCCCAUUUGAAAGUUGUUGGAGAGCUUGCCUUUGAGUAUACGGUCAUCCGGCCAUUUGAGGGUGUUCGGCUGGAGGUCGGAGGGCGGUUGGAGACCUACUGGAAGUCGACAAACAGCGUCGAUUCGACUAUCUCUGCCACCGCCACACCCGUCACGGGCACACCACCCUCGCUCACGCCUGUCAGCACGUCCACCCUGCGGGGCACAUUGCCUCUCCCCGCGCCACAGACGAAUCUUCCCGGCAACGUAAUCCCGUCCUACAUCACGGCGUCGUCGCUGUCAGGAGAAUACAUCCAGCUCUCUAUUCAGAUGACCAGGGAUUGUAUCCCUGUUGUCUUUGGCAACUGGCAGCUACCCGUGGAAGGAUUUGAUCUGGCACUGUCGGAUGUGAGCUUUGCGCAGUUCAAGCGGUUUGGACAGCUGAUUCACCAAAAGGACGCGAGUGAGGAUCUGGAGAGCGCCAACGUCCGCCUGGCAAACACCUGGAUGGCUGCCGAGUGGCGACGCAAAGUCUAUGACCGCUGGAUGAGUCUCGAGCAAGUCCUCAAGGUACCUAUGAUCCUACCCAAGAAUAUUGGAGUGAACUUGGAGCUAAAGUAUCCGACAGCGGCAGAAAGGCGGUUUUAUCGACUGCACAAUACGGUCGAGUUCAAUAAGUUUGUUGACACAAUCCUUCAGACUGUCUACGACUCGUCCUCGGCAUCGCACCAUCGCAGCUUCAUGUUCUCCUCCUUCAACCCCGUUGUUUGCUCCGCUCUCAACUGGAAGCAGCCCAACUACGCGGUGUUCUUUAAUACGUACGGAGGAUACAACAAGGGACACAAGUCAGGCAUUGCAUGGACAGACGAGGUUGCCAAAGCUGGCUCCAAGAGGCGAGAGCCUGCAGAUCCAGAAAUCCUCCCUUCUCCCAAACAUGGCUCAGGAGCUGGUAUGUUCCAAAACCUGGGAGUCGAUCGAAUGGGAGGAGGAGGUUUACUUUCGAGCGCAUCCUCGGAUACUGUCACGUCGUCGCCUAGACUGGACUCGCCCGCGACUUUCCCGUCGGUUCAGAGCAUACUUUCGGACAACUCGGAAAAGUUCCAAGAGACAGAUAAGCGAUGCAUGUCGAUCAAGGAGGCGAUCAAGUUUGCGAGGACUAAUAACCUCCUUGGUGUCAUCUGUGAGGCAACUCCCUUGAUCCAAGUCCCGAGUCUGAUUACACAUAUCAAAGAAUCCGGACUGAUUCUGACCAGCUUCGGAAGACUCAAUAGGGAUCCGGCACUGGUCCAGGUGCAAAAGAGUCAUGGCGUGGAUGCGUUUAUGAUCACAGAUAGUGAUAUUGGUUCGUUCCAUACCUUGUCGGAGAAGCUUACUAGGACUGCGUCUUCUUCAUCGUCGUCGAGGAUGCAACAAGUGUCAACGUCGUCGGUGAUUGAGGUUGAAGAGGGGGUGUUGAGAUACCAUAGCGGUGUCGAUUCGUAG